UACUCCCUUUUGUUAAAUGAAACUUCUUAUUUGAUAAUUUGGUGCUUAGAAUCAUUUAUUUCUAUGCGUUGUGAUUGUUCAUGAUUUGUGUUGAAUGAAACUUCUUAUUUGAUAAUUUGGUGCUUAGAAUGAUUUAUUUCUAUGCGUUGUGAUUGUUCAUGAUUUGUGUCUUGUGAUUGUUAAGCAAGUACAAGUUAAGUUUAAACUUUUGUUAAAAUUUGAGUGGUUUAAACUUUGGGUAUUUAUGGGUACCCGUUAUCCGUCCCGUACGGGUAAUGGGUACCCGUUUCCCAUAUGGGUUUGGGAUAUGGGAUGGACUUUGGCCUCCAAAUGGGACUGGGUACCCGUUUAAAACGGGACGGGUAUCCCGUCCCGUCCCGUUGUCCACCCCUAAUUUGAAUACUAAUGUUAUAUAAGUGUGUGUGAAUUUUCACUAUAUGUUGAAUCUAAGUACGAAAUGUUAUUUUGGUGUAAUAUUAUAUGUUAUAACUCAUAUGUUAGAUGAGAUUUGAUAUAAUUUAUCAGGAUAAGUACAAUAUAAUGACGCUUUUCAUAUUUCCGGGCUAAACCGAGCUAAAAUGGGUGACCCAUUAACCCUUGACCCACUAGCUCAACCGGGUCCGUGUCAACCCGCGGGUUGACAACCUUGGUUUAGACAUUAGAUCAAGAUUGUCAUAAUGGUAUGUCGUUUUGAUGAGGAAUUGUAACGGAUCAAUUUGACACAAUUGUCUCGUUUUGAGACAAUUGUACCAAAUUGCCUCGUUUGCCAGCAAAAAUUUUGGAUGAAUCAAUCUGCCUGAGAUAUUUUGAAUUGAUUCGUUUUGAGUCAAUUUCAAUUACAUGGUGUGGGACAGGUAAUUCGAAUUGACUCGUUUUAAUUGCCUCGUUAAUAAAACGAGACAAUUGAUCAAAUUAACUCAUUUCUAUAUUGAUCCAUCCAAACGAUUGUCGUUCUUUUAAUUCAUUCGUGAUUUGUGACACGGUAACCAAGCAAGCACAUCAAAAUUGCGUUUACUGUGUUAAAUUCCCGCUAAACUACAAGCUUUGCCGCGCUUCCAAUAACGGAUCUGUCGUCUUCACACUCGCACAGUGAAGUUUCGUCGACAAAUUCUCUUCAACUUCACCCCACACGACACCACUGUUCUUCACAACUCUUCUCAGCUGGAUCUUAUCUGUAUAUAUACAUCCAACUAACUAUCCAUAUCCAUAUCCAUUAUCAGUGCAAUAACCUCAAAAUCAACCAUCACCAUCACCACCAGCCAGCAAAGUAAUCCGAGCUUCAAACCCACAAAUGGAAACAGGUCCCCAAGGCACCAUCCUCUUCUUUACCGUCGGCCGCACCGACUACGGCUUCGACGUCUUCUCCCGCCAGCUCCUUCCCUCCAUUUCUGCCAACGACCGCCGCCUCACCGACGGCAUUUCCGUCAAUUUCAACGCCCAAUUCAACGAUGACGAACUCAAUCCUUCCAUCGUCUUCGUCUCCGAGCGAACCGGCUCCCCUCGAAUUUAUCACAUUGCAGCCGGCGCCGGAAUCCCCAAACCACUACCACAUUCCGGCGAUACUACCCUUUUCGUCGACAGGCCCAUCGUCAGGAACCGCCGCCUCUACUUCGUUUCGGCUCACGAAGAUCCCAAUUCACCUUUCCGAAGCUGGUCCGCUCUCUACUCCGUCGAGGAUUACGAAUCCCCAACCGUCCUCCUCCCCCGCCGAUUGACACCUCAGGGGGCCGUCGACUACAGCCCGGCCCUGUCCCGCUCCGGCGAUUUCAUCGCCGUCGCGUCGUACGGAACCCGUCCUUGGGGCGGCGAGUUUCAGGAGCUGCAGACCGACAUCGUCGUGUUCCGCGGAUCCGACCCGGAGAAGCGCGCCGUCGUUUGCAAACUCGGCGGGUGGCCCUCGUGGUCGGGGGAUUCGGCGAUUUUCUUCCACCGCCAGGCGGAGGACGGCUGGUGGAGCGUCUUCAGGGUCGAGUUCUCCCCUGAGAAUUUCCUCGACCUCGCUCCGCAGAUCCCUAGCCGCGUCACUCCGGCGGGAGUUCACUGCUUCACUCCCGCGGCGAUGCACGACGGCGGCCGUAGAAUCUCCGUCGCGACUCGGCGGAAAGGCAGUAAAUACAGGCACAUCGAGAUCUUCGACCUCGAAUCGGGGGAAUUUUCGCCCGUUACAGAGCCUGUACACCCUGAUUCCCACCAUUACAAUCCUUUCGUCAGUCUCGAUUCCAAAUUCCUCGGGUACCACCGGUUCAGAGGCGAGUCGGGUCCAGGGGAGAAGACGAUUCCUCGCCUGGACCCGGUCGCUUCCCCAAUCAAGGACCUCCGGAUGGUGAGGAUAGCCGGAGCUUUCCCGGCUUUCUCUCCCGGCGGCGAUCUCGUCGCGUUCAAUCCCGGGUUCGGAGGGUUGAGAGUGGUCAAAUCGGACGGCUCGAAAGAGUGGACGCUGGUCAAAGACCGUACCUCGUUUGGUAACUCGUGGAGCCCCACGGAGAGGCACGUGAUCUACACCUCGAUGGGUCCCAUCUUCGCGUCGACCGAUACGACGGUUCAGAUCGCUCGGGUCACGUUCGAUCCACGUGACCUCGAAUCCAAAGGCACCACCACCAGUCAAGAGGUGGUGCAUUCCGAGGUCAAGAUCCUGACGAGGACCGACACGGGGAACAACGCAUUCCCGUCGUGCUCUCCUGACGGUAGGUUCGUUGUGUUUCGAUCCGGACGAUCCGGGUAUAAAAAUUUGUACGUGGUGGAUGCCCUGGAAGGCGAACAUGACGACGGUGGAAGCUUGCGUCAGCUGACAGAGGGGAAGUGCAUCGAUACGAUGCCGUCCUGGUCCCCCAGGGGCGACCUCAUCGCCUUCUCCUCGAACAGGCACAACCCCAGCAAUACGGAGGCGUUUAGCAUCUACGUGAUCAGGCCCGACGGAUCGGAUCUGAGGAGGAUCCACGUGGCGGAAGGGGAGGCUGACUGGGAGAGGAUCAACCACGUAUGCUUCAGCAGGGACGGGGAGUGGCUGUUGUUCACGGCCAACUUGGGAGGAGUGACGGUGGAGCCCGUGUCGGCGCCCAAUCAGUUUCAGCCAUAUGGAGACCUGUAUGUGAUGAGGCUGGAUGGGAGUGGGCUGAGGCGGCUGACGUGGAAUGGGUAUGAGAAUGGGACGCCAGCGUGGCACCCUAAAUCUGAUUGUGUGGAGGUGAAGUUGGGAGACUUGCAUUUGGGGGAAGGAGUUGGUGAUAAGCUGACGGGCCAAUUCGAUGAACCUUUAUGGAUAUCAUGUGAUAUCUAAGUACUAUUCCACAAUGAGAUCAAUGUUUACUUAGUUAUUCCAUAACAAAGUAUGAUCUCAUUGUUAUCUCAAUAAUUUGAACUUUCCUUUCUUUAUUUGCGAGACAAUAAAUGGAAUUUGAGUGAUUAAUUAUGUAUAUUCCUCUAUUAGUUAACUCUGUUUUACGAAAUAUUAGUUUUAGGGGUGGUGAGGUGGUGGUUAAUUCGUGGUUUGUCAUUUGAUCCAUCUGCAAAUAAUUCAAACCGCAAUAGGUUGAUGAUUUAUGUGGGUGGAUCGUAGAUCAAAUUUUUUGUAAUCACACUUAUUUAUAUGGGUGGCGGGCUACCUGAAUGACUCGCGUCUCACUUUCACAUGUAAAGAGUUGUUUCUUGUGUUUAUGUCAUCGAAUAAUCAUCAUAUUACGUAACCACACUACACGCCGAUCAUUGACUUUUUUUUAACAAAAGAUAAUCAUAUUGAUUGAAGACAGAAAAUAAAUAAUAUUUUUGAAAUUCUACUAUUGGAUACUAUUCGUGUAAUGUCCAUCAAAUAUUGUGAUGCAAAUUAUAAAUUAUCAAUCGUAUCAAAAUAAUAAUAAAACGUUAAUUUUCUGUACACCCGAAGUAAUGAAAUAUUUGAUAUUCUACCACUGAAGUGAAAUUCACACACUUAAAAAGUCUUGGUCUCUAACAAUACGACUCUAAAACCUUCUAGUAUAUUUUAUCACUUCCACGUCAACACUCAAGAACCUUAUUCUCUAAUCAUCACCGUGCCAAUUCUUAUGGAGAUGGGCCGAAAUGAGGCUGGGGAAAGGCCCGCCAAUCUUCCUUCCCUGCAUACUAGUUCGGCCAAGCCCACAAUUCUUUCUCUAAUUAAACCGAAACCCACCUAAGCCCAAAACUUGGCAGGUGCAGUCAAUUUAGUCCAAAACUCGCUGGACUUAGCCCACCCACCCAACCCCCUAGUAUGAUGUCUUUCGGGAUAAAAUCAAGGCGAGGAGACUGGAGAGGGAGCGUCAGUAGGGAGUUUAGUUAUGAUAUUAAUGGUUUAAUCACUAAUCGCACUCUAAUUUCAUUGUUACUGGUUAAACCGUCAAUCGCUAAGAAGAAUUUGGGUCAUUUAACGGAGGUUGACAAUUUCUUAUCGGAUUAUUAAGUCAUAAACGGCUAAUAACAAAUGGCUAAUGACUAACCGAUAAGGGUUGUUAACCAUUCGAAAUAGACAAAAUGUCACAUUCAACGAAGGAAACUAUUUUCACCUGACCACUCAGCCCUCAUCGGCUUCAAUCUCCUUGUCUUCUCAGCCCAAACAAAGAAUGAACACGCAUUGCUUGCCGUCGAGCUAUGUACCGUCCCUGGUAGCUUCCCCAUCAGAUCAAUGCAAAGGAGGAUAAUCGACAGAGAGAAGUGACAGUGGUCGACCCCGAUGUUGCCAACGUCGUAAGUCCUCUUCCUUUAUUUUACUUGGAUGGAGAAUAGAGGAGAAGAGGAAGAGAUGGUGGUGGCUAGAAAUUGACUGUUCGAUAGUCAAGGAGAAAAUAAGUGUGUUUCAUUAUGUUUGUUGUUUCACCAAGGAAGUGGAUUUGUUUUUAUUCGUUUUUAGUUCUGCAAAGAAAAAAAAAGUGUAGAAGAGAGCGUGCGGCUAGGGUUUCUCUUUCACAUCACUUUCCUUUUAUACAUUGUCUAAAUAAACCAUUAUACUCCUUCUCUUUUGCCAAAUCCACAAACCUACAACUUCCUCUCUUUUAUGCGGGUUGGCGGUUAACCACUAAAUACCGUUAGUUGCAUUGACGACUAACGAUUAACCAUUAAAUCUUGACAGAUCGACUAACAAUAAUAAUUUUUUGUUUGACGAGUAAUUGCUAACCGCAUUAUCAGUUAACAACUGCUAAUGGGGCCAACUAUCACCCCCCAAGAGUCGGUGGUGGUUUUUGUUUAGAGAGCCAUUUCUAAAUAGAGUUGUCGAAUGCCU